AUGGGCCGAAUCAAAUUGCCGGAGAUUGAGGUCAGGCGCUCCACUGUGGCGUGGAGUGGAAAUCUAAUUGGAAUGGGAAUAAAAGUGCGUGUCAAAUGGUGCAAGGGUUUCGAUUCGAAUCUUUCCCGAAAUCGAUUCUGUGAGCUGCCCGAAGAAGUGACGACAUUUGCCUUUCUGGAGACACUGUUGCUUUAUCACAAUACGAUACGCAGCAUUCCGGAGUCGGUGAAGCAGUUAUCAUCGCUGACUUACUUGGAUCUCCGCAGCAAUCAGUUAUCCUCGCUGCCGCGUGAGAUAUGUUUCCUGCCCCUCCAGGUGCUGCUCGUGUCCAACAAUCGGUUGUCUACCCUGCCGGAUGAGAUGGGACGAUUGGAUCAAACGUUAACCGAUCUGGAUGCAUCGUACAAUCAACUGGCCAACUUGCCUGUCCGUCUGGGGGAGUUGAGAUCACUGCGCUCGCUCUCGCUGCGGAGCAAUCACUUGAUGUAUCUGCCCAGGGAGUUAACCUGCCUGAGUCUGGUCUCGCUCGAUGUGAGCAACAAUAGAAUCGCUAGUCUGCCGCUAGAGAUUAGGCAUAUGGCCACCUUGGUGGAGCUGCAGUUGGAGAAUAAUCCACUAACUUCGCCGCCAGCUAGUCUUUGCAUGCGUGGCCUGGUGCACGUUUUCAAGUUUCUGGAGACGCAGGCCACCAAGGAUGAGAAGGGUUCGCGUUCGGGUGGCAACUACGAUGGGUACACCACACUGCGGCGAGCUCCUCGUCACAAUUCCAGCGGCAAUGUUCUCGAGGCCAGCACCACGGGUAGUAAUAACCAGCGGAGGCAUCAGGUCGACUCGGGCUAUAGCACGAGCGAUGGCCUGGACAAGCGCUGGUCGCAUGAUGUUCCAGCCAAGUCCAAGACAGAUUCACCUUUGCACUGCGUCUCAACUUCGGCGGCUGCCACUUUGCCCAGGACUCUGCCGAGUGCGGUACAUUCGCACGCGGAUCUGAUGGAUGCCUCACUCACCUCCAGCACCAGCACAAUUGUGGAUGAGAGUCUAACCCUGAGUCCCACGGCAUCGCCCUGCAAGCUAAGCUAUGUGCACUCCAACAGCUCCAGUAAUGGAUCCUCGCCGGAUCAAGAUGAGGAUAUCAUGCUGGAUCAUCAGGAGCGUACUGUGCACUCCACCAACGGGAAGUCCAACAAGAAUCUGGGCAAUAUUCAGACCUACAAGGAGUACAAGGAAGCCCUGAAGCAGCAGCGCAACCAGGAGAUGAGCGUCUACAAACAAAAACAUCCGAAUGCCAAUCAUAGUCCCAACGAUGACGAGGAUCUCUCUCCGCCGCCGUCAAGUCUCUCGAACGGAUCGGCGUCAUCCAACACACUGCCAAAGUCAAUAAUGAAACAAUCGAGUCUGAAUCAGAACAGCAACCAAAAUGGCCACAAUGGGAACGGGAAUGGAACCGGGAACGGAAAUGGAGUCGAUGAUGUUGUCAUACCAAAGAAACCCAUCCAAAAGGUGAUACCCUCUCGCAAUACGGAAAUAAAGCCGGCUACCUCGUCUGGCAUACCCUCGGCCAUUCCAUCCGAUUGUUUGGGCUAUGUAAAGCCGCACAGUCCCCUGAAGAAUGGCGCCAACAAGUUCAAUACGUCCAAUGGUGGUGGCGGCGUGGCAUCAACUGUGGGUAUUGUCACCAGCACCACCAUUAAAUCGCCAGUUAGCUCCACCACAAAGCUGGGUACAGUGAAGACGCACCGAUCGGUGACCUGGAACCAUGACAUUCCCGCGGAGAAGCUGAGCUUCACCAUGCGGCGGGAGUUUGAUCGCCAGCGAGAGGAAACAGAACUAAUGUCGCAGCUGAGGAGUAUCAUUGAAACGCGUUUGAAAAUGACCCUGCCUGUAGAUAUUGCUUCAGCUCUGACCGACGGUGUUAUACUCUGCCAUUUGGCCAACUAUGUGCGUCCGCGUUCAGUGGCCAGCAUACAUGUGCCAUCGCCUGGUGUGAACAAGUUGACCAUGGCCAGAUGUCGUCGGAAUGUGGAUAAUUUUUUGGAGGCAUGUCGUCGCAUUGGCGUAGAUGAGGAGUUGAUUUGCUCCUGUGAAGAUGUUGUGCCAGAAAAUGAGCCGCAAUUGCCACGCGCUGACGAUGACUAUGAUGCUGAUGUAUAUGUAAAUGAUGAUGACCGCGACAACAGCAGCAGCAGCAACAUGCAAUGCAACAGCAGCAGCAACAGCAAAAAUAAUCACAACAAUUGUGAUAAUAGAGUGCCCAAUGCAUUGGCCCUACUGCGCACAGUGUCCGCUCUGAUUGCCCUGGAUGCGAAUCCGCUCCAUCAACAUCAUCAUCUUCUUCAGCACUUUGAGCAAGAGCACGAGCAAGAGCAAUUCACUGAGCCAACCAUAACCUGCAGCCAACAGCAUGAACAGAUGUUGCAGUUAGAGCAUGUUUUGUAUGAGAAUGGCCAGCCGAUGGCUGAAAAUGAUGAUGGGGUUGAGGAUCGCGAUGGCAGCGUCAGCAGACGGCAACAGCAACUGGCUACAGUGGGCCAAAUGCUGCUCAAGGCCAAGCAAAAGACCUAUGAGAAGAUUAAGCACAAUCUACUGAGUGCCCAUGGUCAGCACAAUUUUCAAGCGAACAACAACAAUCGGAUGCUGCACACGAUUGUGGAAAAUGAGCACGAUGUGGCCGCCGCUGGACCGGCAGGACAUUAUCAAAUAAUCGAUGAGAAGCAACAACUGCAGCAGCCGAAGGAGGAAUCGGAGGACUUAAAGAACCAAGAAGCUAGUACCGAGUCAACCAAGGAGGCAAUCAGCAAACGCAUCGAGUUCUUUGAGCAGCAAAGAAACGGCAAACAGAAGCUGGAGGUAUUCAGCAUCUAUUUACCCAAGGAUAAGGACAAGCAGCAGCUGGAUCAUAAGUUAAAAGCCAAGGAAAACGAAGCUGGAACUUCAAUAUUAUUAAAGCACGAUUCCCACACCCUGACCGUAAUCCUGUCGUGCGUUUUCAUAGCGACCUUCCUUUGGCUGGUCUUUUUCCCGCUUCCCGGAUAAUCUAUAUAAUCGCCUUUGGCUUGCCAUUAGUGUUUUAAGAUCGAAGAACAUAGAGAGAGUUAGAGUCGCUUUUGCGCUUCUCUUUUCACUUUGGUAGUGAGUUUUUGAGGCUGCUUUUUAUUUACUGCUUUCCUAGGCUUAUAAAACCCGUAUUUAUGAUGUAUUCUGUAUACCCAAAAAUGUUAAACUAAGAGGAAACCCAGGCAACUUUUGAGGCAUUUAAAUUGAGAGACAACCCAAAGACUUUGAAAUUGUAAAGCAGUCAAGUUACACCUUUUGGUUGGUUUUAGGGGUAAGCUCAAUUGAGGAUAAGAAGUCUUACUAUCUUACUAUAUCUUUAUAAAGAACAAAAAUACAAGAAAAGUCAAUCUGAAGUUCCUUUUGAAACAAUAUUUUCUAUAUUAAUUUACACUACUUUUGAUU